UUUUGAAAAUUCAGUUUGUAUUCGACUACCAAAUGCAACGAACGGGUUUAGCGCUAGUGCACCACACCACACAACACGGCAACGAAGCACCGAAGACGACGACGACGACGAAGAAGAAGAACGCCUCUCGAAGUAAGCAAAAGUGCAUGCACAUUGUAUGCCAGUUGUGUCAGUAGUGUUGUUGCGGUCGACAACACCGUCAGUAUCGUCGUCUGCGACGCUAAGGUGAAUUGUGAAAACACGAAAUAAAAUUCGAUUCAAUGCAAAAAUAACAGCGGCACAAACAAAAACAAGAAACCACCAAUUUUCAGUGAAAGCAAUAAAAGAUCGACAUCACCAAAUCUCGUCUUUAGAAUAUUUCUUUUUUUUUCUUUCGCGGAAUAGCCAUCCAUUCAUCAGCGGAGUGCAUUCGGAAAAGUCGAACAGACAAUCGAUUUGAAUAUUGGGUAAAUGAAUUGGAUUUGUUUCCCUUUCGUUGUGGCAAGCGGACGAAAAACAAACGACAAAAAAUACAUAACCAAAUGCAAUAAUUCUUCGCGGUCGCGUCUCUCUCUUUUUCUCCUCCUCAUCCUCAUACUCCUGUAAAUUACAUUUGGCAAAGCAUAAUAAUUUUGUUUUUCAAAUCAAAUCGCAAGAAGCACAUGAAGAAGAAGAAGAAGUGAAAAUAAAUUAAGUGUUUUGAAAUAUCGUGGGUGUUGUUAUUUGUGUGUUGUUGCCGCCAGUAUUUCGCACAGUUCUGUUUGUCACAGCGACGGCAUUCAAUUUUGUAAACGUAUUCAGAAAUUCAAAACCAAACAACCAAACUGACAAACAGUCAGCGCAUCCAGACCUAAAUAAGAAAUAUCGUGUUCGAAUUAACUGUUAUUCGAAACCUGAGUGGACAAACGGUAAAUAAGAUUUGAUCUCAUGUCAAACAAUCGGAUUUAAAUAACCCCAUUUCGGAUGGUCAACGAGAAGUUCGAAUGAAAAGUGUCGCCAUGAAACGCAUACCAUGUAAAACAAUAUAUCCAAAUGUCAAAUGCAAUAAUACCAAAAAAUAUCAGCACAAAAUGAAAAUUAUUACAUUUCUAAAAUCGAACUACAAAUACAAACGAAGAUGCUCAAUUCGAAAUCGUUGCAGGCGUAUCGGCGGCGAUUUGCAAACGCAUCCACUUCCGGUGGCUGGAGGAAAAAUGCCGAAUCACAGAAUUAUAAAGAAUUACAAAAUUUCCUUGCACACACGAGAAGAGAAAGUUGUCGCAACGUCAAAUGCGGACCAAACAAGAAAUGCGUCAAACGCAAGGGUCGGCCGAAGUGCGUUUGCGCGCCUGAAUGUGGAGCAGCAAGACGAAGGCGCUUGCAACGCGAACAACAACUCCAGCAGCAGCACCACAGCCUGUUUUCUAAAAAUGGUGGCGGUGGUGGUGCUGCCAGCGAUGGUAGUGGCGUGGUGUCCGCAAAGGUGAACCAGCGGACGUUACGUCGGGAGGAGAGGUCGCGACAGGAACGCGACACCCAUAGUUUAAGUAGUGAAAUUACAAAUGCAAACUUAGGUUCGGAAAAACAAAACCAAAGAAAAUUUAUUCACAUACACAUGCAACACGACUAUACCCACCAACAGGAGGCACCACCGCCAACGCCGCCACGAAGAAAAAACCAGCAGCCCAAAGGCAAUCGCAGACUUCUGAUAACAGCCAAUGUCGAGCAUACGGAAAAGCCCACCACUAGACGGAUACAACUUUUUAGCAAUGUAAGAUCCACAUAUGCCAGACAGGGCAACAAGAACAGCAAUAGCAACAGCAACAACAACCACAACGCAAAUGGUCAGCACGAGUACACUGAUCUCUCCGAGGAAUAUGAGGAAGAAGAAGAUGACUACGAUGACGAGGACGGCGGCGGUGGUGGUGGUGAUGGCGGAGGCCGGAGCAGGCCCAUAAUUUUCAACAGCGGCUUCAGCAGCAACAACAACCACAACGACGAAAACCACUCCGACGACAGCGACAACGACAACGACAACGACGAUGAUGAUGCAACAACGAGAUUUCGGAACCAGUCCAUGUCUAGACACAAGUCCAAAACCAACAAAAAUAAUCAUGAUUUGCAACAAACAACCAAAACACAACAACGAGAUCAGUACUCCAGCAGCAGCAACGAUAAUAAUAACAACAACAGCCACGUUAGACGACCUGACCAAAAUGGCCAACAUGCUGAGAAUGCUCCAAAAUAUCAUCAUCAUCGUCAUCGCAAUGACAACAGCAAUCGUCAUCACCACCAGCAGCAGCAGCACAAACACAAACAACAACAGCAGAAACAGCGGCAUUAUGACGAUCGCCGUGACCAACAUCAUCAUCAGCAUCACCACCAGAACAAUCAUCACAACAAUCGUCAGCAAAAUUCGGGUUUUGGCAGACGCAAACACAACAGACAACACAACAAAGCCAACCAUUCCAAUGUACAAAAUACUCCAAAGAAUCACCAGGACUAUGGCAACACCACCACCACCGCCGCCACUGCCAGCAUUGCCAACAAAGUGCUACCCUCUGGCACCAUGUCUGCAACAUCUUCGGCCAGCACAACGCCACAACAGUCGGAAUUGUUAACGACCACUCCCUUAAAGUCCACACUGUCUGUUGGUGCCUCAGAUCAAAGUCAUUUGGCAAAUCACGGAAGUAAACUCGCUGCGUCAUCCUCAUUACUAUUACCCACUUCAGCAUCCUCGUCGAGGGCACAAGCACUGCCAUCGCCUGGCUCUGAGGCAGCAGCAGCAUCAACCCAUCCAUACAUGCAGACAACACUUGUAACAAUGCCGGCUGCAGCCGCUUCCACAUCCUCCUCGUCCGCCUUCUCAUACAUGGACAACGUUAGAGGCGAAGGAGCAGCUCAUCCACACUACGAUCGUGGGGGGAAAACUCAGGCCACACUCAAUGGCUUCAGCGACGACAACGAUAACACGAUUUUAACGUCGCAUAAUUUCGAUUCGGCCUCGUUCGACAGUUAUGUGGAUCAGUUCGAUUUGCAUGGAUUUCCGAAAAAUAGCCAUGCAAUAACGAUUACAGACAAUAUAAGAUCUAUUAACCCUGUUUGUGGUACGGAUGGACGAACCUACAACACCGAAUGCCAAUUGCGGAAACGCGCUUGUCGUACGGAUAAUCAUUUGCUGCAAGUUGCCUAUCGCGGUCAUUGUAAAACUACUUGCAAUGGAGUCAAGUGCUUGGAAGGACUUACUUGUGUCGAGGAUCAGUACACCAUGCCGCACUGCAUAGCAUGUAAAAUCGAAUGCCCACUGGACGAUUAUGAUAAUGACAAUGAUGUAGUGGAUGCGACCAGAGCCGUUUGUGGCGCUGAUGGCAAGACAUACAAAAGCAUGUGCGAGAUAAAUCGUAUAAUUUGCAAAAUUGGUCGAUCAAUUGGUGUUGCAUAUCCGGGACCAUGUCGAGGCAACCAAGUGACUUGCGACGACAUUAAUUGUGGCCCAAAGCAGGUCUGUCUUAUUGAUUUGCUCACACACCAGCCCCGAUGCACACCAUGCCGCUACAAGUGUUCACGAAAAAGGAGGCCAGCAUCUGCCCGCUUUGAGGAGGAGAAAAUUUGUGGAGUUAAUAACCGCACCUAUAACUCCUGGUGUGAAAUGCGCAAGGAUUCCUGCUCCACUGGAUUUUACAUCGAUGUCAAAUAUCCUGGUCACUGUCACUGAACACGGCGGAUUAGCCAUGGAUUAACCCCAAUUUGUCCGUAGUUGUUUGUUAGAAUUUAUUGAAUAGCAAAAAAAGAAACCAAUUUUUUGAAAAUCUCAACAAAAAACGUUUUAACGGCACAUAAUCAAAAUUAUAGCACAUUAUGUAAUACAAAAAAAAGCCCAGUAUUUUCCAACCUGAAUGAUUGAAAAUAAAAGAAAACAAUAUAUCAAUAUUCGUGAUCAGAGCCUAUGAAAUCAAAAGGCCUAUUAGAUUAAAUUUUGAAAAAUUUUGCCAAUCAAGAUUUUAGUUUGCCCAGCAGGGAUACGGAGAGCUGUGUGAUAUACAUAAUUCAAGAGACUCAAUUUGAACCGAAUUACCAAAACAAUUGUCUCUUGUCGUUUCCAUUUACAUCACAUCCCGGGGUUUCCUUUACGCUGGGCUUAUUAAGAAUGGAUUUGGAAAAAUAUUCAACUGGGCUUUUAUUUUGAAAAAAAAUAGCAAUUUUAAUAUAAAUUUAUUAAAUGAAAAUGUAUUAGCAAAUUUAAUAACAAAACAUAUAACCCGGCACAUUUUUCCCACCUAACAUUAUGCUAUUUAAGAAGUGUUCUAGAUAUCAAUAUACAGAUUAGAACCAACACAAAAACAUACCGUAAAAGCAGUACUUAACAACAAACAAACAUAUUUACUUACUGGAUGUGCUUAACAAAUUACAAAUCGAAUAACACACUCACACACCCAUAUGCAAACGACAUUUCUGAAGAGGCUUAACAGAACUCUAUAUACAAACACAUUUAUAUACAUAUUUAUACAUACUCAUGCAUACACACACCGACACACAACACACAGCAAUAUUAAAAUCACGUUCAAAGGAUGACAACGUUUCAAUUUGUUUUUAUUGCAAAUUAACCUGCCCGUGUACAGGCUGGUGGUAAACAUGUAAGAGUAUUAGUUAUUGUUAGAUUGUAUUCGAACGAAUAAUUAAAUGUAUUUAUUUAUUAUUUAUUUAACAGUAAUAUGUUUUUAUACGCUUAUACACACACACACCCACACGUAACACACAGAUGCAGCUCAAUGGCAAAGGAUUAUCAAAAAUUUAUUGACCAAAUUCUAAUUCCGAAUGUUUCACUUGCCCAAUUUAAACGAAAAAUUGACCACACACAUACUCAUAUACGCAUACAAACACAUGUACUUUUAUUUUCAAUUGACUGAUAGCGUAAAAGAAAAUCGGAAUGCAAAUCGAAACGAAGUGAACAAAAACAAAUGAAUGCAUAGUAUGAAAUUUAUUAUUAUUAAUUAAUUAUUAUUAUUAUUAUAUUAUUAUUAUUUGUUAACAAUGUUUAUCUACACACAGAUGACAUGCAUACAUAUUUAUAUGAUAAUAAAUGAACGAAAUUCAAACCGUAA